UCUAACCAUGUUCUAAUAAAAUGUUGCAGGGAUAAUUUUAAUUUCUUUUUACAAUUUUUUUUUUUUUUGCAAAGAAGAACAUCUUGAAUAAGCAAGCUUUUGUCUUUCUCUACCAUAAAAUUUUGUUUUUUAUGUUCACAUAUGGAGAUUUUUGGUGGGUUUAAGAUAGAUCGGGUGUGGCAAUAAAGAAUUGAAACUUUGGAAUAUAAUAAAAAUAUCCAUAAAGUUUCAAUUUUUAUAGUACAAGAAAGUCUCCUUUCUGUUAUCUAUCAUCAUCAAUCAUCUCCAGCAAAUCUGUUAAAGGUGAGCACUUUCGAGAGCAUUUUUGAAUUGUAGGUUGCCACAGGGGAGAAGAGAAAGAGAGAUGGAGAUCGACAAAGCGAUCGGAGAAAGCGACGAUAAGAGGUUGAAGACCAAGUACAACAACGCCAUCUUCGUCAUCAGAAGAGCUCUUUCUCUCUACUCUAUUGAAGAAGUCGCCUUCAGUUUCAAUGGAGGAAAAGAUUCCACUGUGUUACUGCACCUUCUUAGAGCCGGCUACUUUUUGCAUAAGAAAGAGCUGAGCUCUUCUAACGGAGGUCUAUCAAGUUUUCCAGUCCGGACCAUAUACUUCGAGAGCCCUUCUGCAUUCACUGAGAUCAAUGCAUUCACUUAUGAUGCAGCUCAAACUUACGGUAUCCAGCUUGAUAUCAUUCGUCAAGAUUUCAAAUCCGGGCUGGAGGCACUGUUAAAAGCUAACCCUAUCAGAGCUAUUUUUCUUGGCGUACGAAUUGGUGAUCCUACUGCGGUUGGUCAAGAGCAGUUCUCUCCUAGUUCCCCUGGAUGGCCGCCCUUUAUGAGGGUGAAUCCUAUUUUGGAUUGGUCAUAUAGAGAUGUUUGGGCGUUUCUCCUAACUUGCAAGGUCAAGUAUUGCACUCUUUAUGACCAGGGAUAUACAUCAAUUGGGAGUAUUCAUGAUACUGUUCCCAACGCGUUGUUGUCUGUUAACGACACCAGCAGCAAAGAGAAAUUCAAACCUGCUUAUUUGCUUUCUGAUGGGAGGUUAGAGAGGGCAGGCAGAGUCAAGAAAAAUGCUUCAGUUAAGAAUGACGUAGGAAGUGAUUCACAAAAACACGAGGUGCUUUUGGCCUCAGUUAUUGCUGUUGGCGAUGAGAUUCUGUCCGGCACUGUUGAAGAUCAGUUAGGACUGUCUCUGUGUAAAAAGCUGACUUCUGUUGGUUGGUCGGUGCAACAAACUUCUGUUCUUCGGAAUGAUGUAGAUUCUGUAUCCGAGGAAGUUGACCGCCAAAGAUCUAUCUGUGAUAUGGUGUUUAUAUAUGGAGGAGUUGGUCCUUUGCAUUCAGAUGUUACUCUGGCUGGUGUUGCUAAGGCAUUUGGGGUUCGCCUGGCGCCUGAUGAAGAGUUUGAGGAAUACCUGAGGCAUCUAAUCAGCGAGCAGUGCACAGGUGACAGGAAUGAAAUGGCUCAGUUGCCGGAAGGAAUUACUGAACUACUGCAUCACGAAAAGCUCUCAGUGCCAUUGAUCAAGUGCCGCAAUGUGAUUGUUCUUGCCGCUACAAACACUGAGGAGCUCGAGAAAGAGUGGGAAUGUCUGACCGAGCUAACUAAAUUGGGUGGAAGUACAUCACUCAUGGAGUCAAAGCGCUUGAUGACAUCUUUGACAGAUGUUGAAGUUGCAGAACCUCUUUCCAAACUUGGUCUUGAGUUCCCAGACAUAUAUCUUGGGUGUUACCGGAAAUCCAGACAAGGUCCUAUCAUCAUUACCUUGAAGGGAAAGGAUAAUGCACGGAUUGACUUAGCCGUACAGGGUCUAUGCAAGAAAUUCAAGGAGGGUGUAUUCGUAGACAUGAAAUAGAUACAGGGUGAGUUACUGGUAGAGCUUGAGAGGCAGCUUCAAGGGCCACCACUUGAAUGGCUUCUAUGCACUGGGCCACAAGACACUGAGAGGAAGCAACCGGAGAGAAUAGGAUACACUUAUAAAGAAACCGCAGCAGUUGAUGGUAAUGUUGCAUUCUAGAAUGUUGAUGGUUUUGUAUUCAUGAACGGCUUAAGAAUGAUGAUGGUUAUGUUGCAUUCUAGAGACUUGAUUCAAAGAUUUGACCCCAACUUUGUUUGAAUUUACAAGGCACAACUAUGUUAUUAUUUAA